CUGGGAGUCGGAGCUGGCUCUGGCUCUGGUUUUGGUUCUCAGUAUACCUGCAUGAAAGGAACAGUCAGAACUCUGUGCAUCCAGUCCAAACCAGGUGCACUGGCCCCUUAAAUCAAGAGAUCAGCCAUCUGCUUCCCUGCCACUGGGGCAACUAGUUUAGGGGGUUGGGUUAUUUAGUCAGAAGGGGAGCAGGGAGUGGGCCCAGGAGAUUCCUAGACCUCCUUGUGGUCAUUUGGUGAAGCAUAGCAGGAUUUCCCCAACUCCUUUACAGAAGAGGCCUGAGACCCAACCGUAACCUCGUGCUGAAAGUGUGGGCGUUGGUGUCAUUUAGAAAUGAGGUCACUGGAGAGGGGAAGUUUCCAGCAGUCUAUGGGUCUGUCUCAUACACAGCACUGGCUAGUUGCAGUCAGACAGCACCAUGGUGGGGGAAGCCAGGCUUCUGUACCAGGAGGGGAGCUGGUUUUGCAGUCUGAUACAGGUGGCUGGGGAGCAAAAGUACCACCCAGAAUGCUUCAGUUGCCUCAACUGCCGGGCCUUCAUUGGGGAUGGUGAUACCUAUGCACUCGUAGAGCGCUCCAAACUGUACUGUGGACACUGUUAUUACCAGAUGGUGGUUACCCCAGUUAUUGAGCAGAUCCUGCCAGAGUCGCCAGGCUCCCGGAUCCCACAUACCGUCACACUGGUGUCCAUCCCUGCCUGCACUGAUGGGAAACGAGGCUUCUCUGUGUCCAUUGACCAGCACUGCAACUCCCAGGGCUGUGGCACGGAGCACUCACACACUGUCCGGGUCCGAGAAGUGGAUCCCGACUGCAUCAGCCCUGACAUGAAGAACUCCAUCCACAUUGGGGACCGGAUCCUGGAGAUUAAUGGCACCCCCAUCCGGCAUGUUCCACUGGAUGAGAUAGACUUGCUGAUCCAGGAAACCAGCCGUCUCCUCCAGCUGACCAUAGAACAUGACCCCCAUGAAGCCAUAGCCCGAGAGUCUGUGCUGGAAAGCAGCUCCCUCUCUGACCUGCACAGCCCCCUGCGCUCUCCUGCCCACACACCCUGUGGGGAGGCCAGUGCCGUGUGCCACAGGACAGUCAUGAGGAGCUGCAGCAUCGACAAAUCCCCAUGCUCUAGCUCCAUGGGCUCCCCUGCUUCCCAGCGCAAGGAUAUCAGCCGUUCUGAGUCGCUGCGCAUCGUCUCCCGUACCCAUCGCAUUUUCCGGCCCUCAGACCUGAUCCAUGGCGAGGUGCUGGGGAAGGGCUGCUUCGGACAGGCUAUCAAGGUGACACACCGGGAGACAGGAGAGGUGAUGGUCAUGAAGGAGCUGAUCCGCUUUGAUGAGGAAACUCAGAGGGCAUUCCUCAAGGAGGUAAAGGUGAUGCGGUGCCUAGAGCACCCCAAUGUGCUGAAGUUCAUUGGAGUGCUGUACAAGGACAAGAGGCUGAAUUUCAUCACAGAAUACAUCAAAGGGGGGACCCUACGAGGCAUCAUCAAGAGCAUGGAGAGCCAGUACCCAUGGAGCCAGCGUGUUAGCUUUGCCAAGGACAUUGCAGCUGGGAUGGCCUACCUGCACGCAAUGAACAUUAUCCAUCGUGACCUCAACUCUCACAACUGCCUUGUGCGGGAGAACAAGAGUGUGGUGGUGGCUGAUUUUGGGCUAUCCAGGCUCAUGGUAGAUGAGAAGAACCCACCGGACCAGCUCAAGAGCCUAAAGAAACCCGACAGGAAGAAGCGCUACACAGUGGUAGGGAACCCCUACUGGAUGGCCCCAGAGAUGAUCAAUGGCAGAAGCUAUGAUGAGAAGGUGGACAUCUUUUCUUUUGGCAUCCUCUUGUGUGAGAUCAUCGGCCGAGUCAGCGCUGACCCUGACUACCUGCCCCGGACCAUGGACUUUGGUCUCAAUGUACGAGGGUUCUUGGACCGGUACUGGCCCCCUACCUGUCCACCCAGCUUCUUCCCCAUUGCUGUGCGCUGCUGUGACCUAGAUCCUGAGAAGAGGCCCUCCUUCAGCAAACUGGAGCAAUGGCUGGAGACACUGCACAUGCACCUGGAGAUCCGCCUGCCAUUGAGCUCACAGCUGGAGCAGCUGGAAGGGGCCUUCUGGGAGACGCACCGGCGAGGCGAGGGUGGGCUGCCAAUGCACCCUGAGGUCCCUGACUGAGCACUGGGCAGGUGCUCAUGUAAAUAGUUCACACCGAGCCCCGGCACAGGAAGGGGUGCUCACUACAUGCUCCCACAGUGCCCAGGGCCUUGCACUCCCAGUGCAUGGUGAAUACAGCCAUGGAGGACAAGUGCUACAUCCUGCCCAGCAUCCGCUGCCCCACGGCGAAAUCUC